GUUGAGCGCUCAAUAGUGUGCGUGUGUGUGUGUGCUUCCCGUUUUGAUUUUUUUUUUUUUGUCACAAACAACAAAACUUCAUCGUCAUCGGUCAUAGUUUCUAAUUUUGAAUUUUGAUUUUUUCUAUUGAAAAAAAAAUGGAACGUUUUUGUAAAGAACAUGGUCUUGUUUUUGAAAAUCCUGAUGAUUUUCGUGAUCCAAUUCUCGAUUAUCAAAAUGAUAAUCGUUUACCAUCAAAAUUGUCGAAUAAAUUGGCCGAACUUAAUUAUCGAAAACCGACACCAAUACAAGCGGUAGCCAUACCGAUUAUUUUGGAAAAACGUGAUUUUAUUGGUAAAGCAGAAACUGGCUCAGGAAAAACAUUGGCAUUCGUAGUACCAGCAACAAUUUUUAUGAUGAAUAAUGCUGAUGAUCGACAAAAAUCUUCUGGUUGUUAUCCAAAAGUGAUGGUCAUAUCACCAACACGUGAAUUGGCCAUACAAACAAAUGAGGUAUUCGAAUCAAUUGGUUUAUUCAAAUCACUCUGUGUUUAUGGUGGUGCAUCACGUAUGAUGCAAUAUAACGAUUUACGAUCAAAACGACCACAGGUUAUUGUUGGUACACCGGGACGUAUCAAUGAUUUUCUUGAAGCUUCCGCCAUUCAUUUGUCAAAAUGUACUUAUUUAGUUUUGGAUGAAGCUGAUCGUAUGUUUGAUAUGGGUUUUUAUCCACAAAUCAAAAAAAUUAUCGAUCUUUGUCCAGAAAUUUCUGAACGACAAACAUUAUUGUUUUCAGCUACAUGGGUGGAAAAAGUACAAGAAUUGGCUGAUCCAUUAUUGAAUUCGAAUCGUUCAUUAGUUUCGAUUGGUCCAUUGUAUGGCCUAAAAGCUUGUGUCGAUAUUAAACAACAUCUAUUUCGUUGUCGUGAAUUUGAAAAGAAAAUAUUAUUACAAGAAAUAAUCCGUGAAUUUGAUGGCUUUAAAAUUUUGGUAUUUGCAUCGACAAAAUUACGUUCACAAUCGGUGUGUGAUGAAAUGAACGAUUUGAAUAUCGCCAGAUGUGAUUACAUACAUGGCGAUGUUGCACAAGAACGACGUGAACGUCUUAUUCAAAAUUUUAAUCAUGGCAAAAUAAUGAUCAUAUUUGCCACUGAUGUUGCAUCACGUGGUUUAGAUAUUAAAGACAUUGAAGUGGUGGUCAAUUAUGAUUUUCCUGUGGACGUAGAAACCUAUGUUCAUCGUAUUGGACGUUGUGGCCGUAAUGGUGCCAAAGGUUUGGCAUUUACAUUUAUUACUGAAAGAUUUUUUGAAAAUCAAUAUUCACAUAAAAAAUUGAUAAAAGUUGUCGAAAAUUCUGGUAAUACAAUACCAGAAAAUUUACAAUUGUAAACACCAACAUACAUACAUACAUACAUACACACUAUCAUUUAUCAUAUAUAUGUGGAUCAUUUAUUUUGAUUGAUUUAA